AUGGAUUCACCCGAAGGCGCCGAUGUCCCUUCGGCCGCGGACGGUCCGAUAGUCGACCUGAAAUAUGCCAAAUACCAAGGAACAUUCAACUCGACCUUGAACCUCAACAUAUUCAGAGGAAUCCGCUACGCAGCCCCUCCAACAGGCGAACUCCGCUGGAAACUCCCCCAAGACCCAACAUCCAGCGGCACAAACACAUCCAGCGACACCGUCACCCCAGCCACAGCAAACCCGCCGCGGUGCCCAUGGGCCCGCCGCUCCCUCCGAUACCCCAAAACAGCAGCCGAAGAAGCCGCCCUCCAGAAUUUCGCCUUCGCCGGCGACGAAGACUGUCUCUUCCUCAACGUCUUUGCCCCGGCCGGCGCCACGGCCCUGCCGAAACCUCUCCCCGUGGUGGUAUGGAUCCACGGCGGCGGGUAUAACCUCGACUCGGCGUCCUCGUUUGACUUUUCUUCGCAAAUUGUGACGAAUAAUAACAGCUAUGUGGCGGUCGUGAUACAGUACCGUCUGGGCGCGUUUGGGUUCCUUUCGUCGGAGGAGCUUAUGAAAGGCGGCGGGGUCGCGAAUGCUGGGUUGUGGGACAUGGUCCACGCGUUGAGGUGGGUGAAGACGCAUGUGGGCAAGUUUGGAGGGGAUCCGAGGAGGGUGACGGUCGCGGGACAGUCUGCUGGUGCGGGAGGGGCAUUGUUAUUGGCUGCGAGUGAUGAGGCUGUUGGAUUGUUUGAUGGUGUUAUUGCGAGCAGUCCGUACUUGACUACUCUGCCAAAACACGACGGCGAUAGACCGACGAGAGCAUACAAAAGCCUAGCAGAGCGUAUAGGCUGCUCUACAAAUGCUACAUCCUCAUCCCUCCUCUCCUGCCUCCAGAAAGCAGACUCUCUCACGCUUCAGAAUGCAAGCGACUGGGUAAGCACCCAAGGCCGCUACGGCCAAUGGGAAUGGCGGCCCGUCAUCGACGGCAAACUCAUCAGCGACACCCUCACGCAGGAGUUGUCUCAGGGGAAAGCCGGCGUCAACGGGCGGCGGGUCCUCACCAGCAACGUCGCGGACGAAGGACCGUAUUUCACGUGGCAGAACAUUACCACCCAGGCACACUUUGUCUCGUUCCUGCAGAGCAACUACCCCGCGCUCUCGGGGGGUAACGUAACGGAAGUCCUCGCGACGUACGCGCAGAAGCACGAGGCAUUCUUGACGGCCAACUCAAAGGACGCGAACAACACGGACCCAGGCUUCAGCACCAACGGUCUCGAAUCACCGUACGCGACGACGGUGUCAGACUACGCUACGGGCUGGCAGCAGGUCGCCAACAACUUCUAUGCUGAAGCGACGUUCGUGUGUCCCUCGCACUGGCUCGCGAACGCGUACGCCGCCAAGGAUGGGGCGAGAGCGUGGCGGUAUCAGUAUAGUGUUCCGCCGGCGUACCACGGCGUUGAUAUUGGUUCUGGGUCGGCUGUUGAUGUGUUGCUUGCGCCGGUGGAUACGCCUGGGACGGCGGUCACGACGCCUUUGCGGCUGGGGUUGCAGAAUGCUUGGGGGCAGUUUAUCACGCGCGGGGAGGGGUUGGUUCUUGGUGGCGAGGCUGGAGGAAACGCGACGGUGUGGGCGCAGUGGAAGGAGGGUGGGAGGGGCGUUGCGACCAACGGCCCCAAAACUCCCUUCUCCUUCAUCACAUCUCCAAAUUUGGACGCAAAGGUUACUCUCUAA